AUGGCUAGCGACGAAGAAACACCGAAACACACAGGCCACAAGCCUAAAUCUCAAAACACAGAGACCAACGAUGUCUCUGAUCCCUUUUAUAUACAUCAUUCAGACCAAACUGGUCUGACACUUGUCACUCAACUCUUGGAUGGUGACAAUUAUGCAACUUGGAGUCUUGCAAUGAUAAUGACUUUGGAGGCAAAGAACAAACUUGGCUUUGUGGAUGGGACGAUCAAAGCACCAGCCACAACCAGCGCCAAAUACCCCAUCUGGAGAAGAUGUAACCAGAUGAUCAAGUCUUGGAUCCUCAACUCCAUCAGCCCCUCUCUGGCUAACACCGUCAUCUAUGCAAAUACAGCUGCUGAGGUUUGGCUAGAUCUCAAAGAACGCUUCUCUCAAGGGAAUAUUUCCAGGAUUUUCCAGAUUAAACGAGAUAUUGCCGAACUUCGACAACAUCAGCAGUCUAUAUCCGUGUAUUACAACACACUGAAAGGUCUUUGGGAUGAGUUGGGAUCAUAUGCUCCCGUGCCAUCAUGUAAGUGUAAUCCCAUGUGUGCUUGUGGAGUCCUAAAGGAACUCACUGACAGAGAACAACAAGAGCGAGUUCUUCAAUUCCUUAUGGGCCUGAAUGAAACCUACUCCGCAGUUCGCACACAGAUCCUACUAAUGUCACCCUUACCUUCUGAGCGUAAGGUAUAUGGGAUGCUUGUACAAGAAGAAAAACAAAGGCAAAUAGCUGAAAGUGGGGAGAAUAAUUCUUCUCAUGCAAUGAAUGUAUCGAGAAACACCAAUAAGCAGCCUCGCCCAGUGCAAGGCGAAGAUAACAAAAACCUCCACUGCACAUACUGUGAUGGUGACACUCAUACCAUGGAUCGGUGUUAUUAUCUUCAUGGAUUUCCAACCUGGCACAAGUUGCAUGGAAAGACAAUCAAGCCACCAAAUAGAAACAAGCGUGCAGCAGCCAACAAUACCAACAAGGAGGGAGCCAAGACAUCUGCUGCCAAGACCCCUGAAGAUUUAAAAUUUACAGCUGAUGAAGUGUGCCAAAUCAAGGCAAUCCUUCGAGGUGAUGGUAAAAAUCAAGCAUUUGCGAACGCAGCAGGUAUGACUAAACCUCAGUGCUAUGCCUUUGCCACUGAUCAUCCAGAUUAUUGGAUCAUUGAUAGCGGUGCAAGAUUUAACCUCGAGGAAGAUGAUUGGAUUGGGGAAGGAGCGUGA